CGCGGGUGUUAUCGUGGUCCAGCACCCACAACUCUAUGAUUGAGCGGAAGGUUGUGUUCCGCCAUUUUUGAACUCCGAUCUUGAACUGAAAAGAUCCCUUUCACAAGCCCCAAAUCCCCAAAUUGCGAGAAUCUAGGGUUUGUUUCUAGGGUUUAUGGGGUCCCUCUUCUCUUCCAGCUCGCGUUCUUCCGUUGAAGCCCUCGGUGGCACGCCGGUGGUGCUCAAUGUCUACGAUCUCACUCCUUUGAACAACUACAUGUACUGGUUCGGCCUCGGUAUCUUUCAUUCGGGGAUUGAAAUUCAUGGAUUGGAAUAUGGUUUUGGAGCCCAUGAUUUCCCAGUUACAGGAGUGUUUGAGGUGGAGCCAAAGAACUGUCCAGGCUUUGUCUACAGGCGCUCCAUCACAUUGGGUUGUAUUAGUUUGUCUCCUUCCGAAACACAUACAUUCAUGGAGCAAUUGGCCUCCGACUAUCAUGGCGAUACAUAUCACCUUAUCUCCAAAAACUGCAAUCAUUUUACAAAUGAUGUAAGCUCAAAAUUAAUAGGCAAACCAAUUCCUGGAUGGGUCAACCGGCUUGCUCGCUUAGGUGCAAUGUGCAACUGUCUUCUACCUGAAAGCCUUCAGUUACCAGCAGUUAAACAGAUACAUGACUACCAUGCAUUCUCAGAAGAUGGAUCUGAAUCUUUCUCAAUCAUCACUGCUGAUGAAACGGAUCAGGAUAGAUGUCUUCUCUCAUCAUCUUCAGGUGCUGAGGUUACCUUUGUGAAGGAAAGCCUUAAAUGAUGUUUUUCGUGCAUCAUUUACCGAAAAGUGAUAUUAUGUUUCGCCAUCUUAAUUUUUACAGGCAGUUCCUUUGUUCUUAAUCCCAUUGAAUUUAUAAAAUCCCAUUGAGUUAACAAGUUUAGGGAUUAAUCUUGGUUUUUAAAAACUGUUCCUUUGUUCGUAAUUUGAAUCCAUAAGUUCAGGGAUUCAUUGUAAGUGCUAGGUUGUAAGCAAACAUUAGU